AUGGGGCGGCAUUCUUCCCUGGCGAGCUCGUCGUACAUAUCCAGGUCCGACGCCGACCCAGAAGACGGCGACAUGGACCUCGAAUGGCCCUUCGGCCGGAUCGACUCGAUCGACGGCGGCGACCUCCGGGAGACGGCGUAUGAGCUCUUCUUCAUGUCCUGCCGGUCGUCCCCCGGCUUCGGGGGGGGCCGCAAUGGCCUCGCGUACUACCCGUCGGCGGGAGGGCAGGAAGGCGGCGACGGUGCGCUGCAGGGAGGAGGAGCGGCGGGGCCGGCGCCGGGGGGAAAGACGUGGCAGCAGGGGUUGGUGGCGACGAGCCGGAUCAAGAGGGCGCUGGGGCUGACGGCGAGGAGGUCCUCGCCGAAGCGGACGUUGCAGCAGUCCUCUUCCAGCGUUGGGCCCUCGCAGACGGGUGCGCCCGGCGGCGCCGCCAGGGUCAUUAAACGGCCCAUGACUUCGGCUGAGAUCAUGCGGCAGCAGAUGAGGGUGACGGAGCAGAGCGAUAACCGUCUUCGGAAGACCCUCCUCCGAACCCUCGUCGGCCAGGUUCUCUCCCUCUCCCACUCUUUCUCUCUCUCUCUCUCUCGUCGAGGAUGAACGGUUUGUACCAAAAACAGUCACAGCAAUUGGAUCAGGAAGAAAAAGAAGCAAGACAUUGACUCUUUUUCCUUUUUAUGGUCUUGGCCGGCAGACGGGGAGAAGGGCAGAGACGAUUAUCCUCCCGCUGGAGCUCCUUCGCCAGUUGAAGCCAUCGGAGUUCAACGACGGGCAGGAAUACCACCUCUGGCAAAGGCGGCAGCUGAAGCUCCUGGAAGCGGGCCUACUCAUGCACCCCUCGGUCCCCCUGGAGCGGUCUAACUCCGCCAUCUCACGCCUCCGCGAAAUCGUGAGGCAGGGGGAGACGAAGGCCAUCGACACGAGCAAGAACUCCGAGGCCAUGCGCGCGCUGUGCAGCUCCGUGCUCGCCUUGGCGUGGCGAAGCCCCGGCGGCGCCGUGCCGGAGGCAUGCCACUGGGCCGACGGGUUCCCCCUCAACGUCCACAUCUACCUGUCCCUGCUUCAGUCGAUAUUCGACACCAAGGAGGAGACGGUGGUCUUGGACGAGGUCGAUGAGCUCCUGGAGCUGAUGAAGAAGACCUGGUCGACCCUGGGGAUCAACAGGCCAAUACACAACGUGUGCUUCGCUUGGGUGCUCCUCCACCAGUUCGUCCUGACGGGGCAGGUGGAGCAGGAGCUUCUCUGCGCUGCUCUGUCGAUGUUGGGAGAGGUCGCCAGCGACGCUAAGAGGUUCGACCGUGAGGCCGUCUACGUGAGUUUACUCUCCGCGACCUUGGCCUCCGUGCAGGGAUGGGCCGACAAGCGGCUGCUGGACUACCGCGGCUACUUCGAGAAGGGGUCCUGGGGGUUGAUGGAGAACGUCAUCCUCCUGGCGCUCUCCGUUGCCAAGAUAAUCGACGAGGAUAUCUCCGGCGCGGCGGCCGGAGCUCCUCCGGCGAACGGAGAGCACGCGACGCCUUACGACUCGUCCGAGUACCGGGUAGAUUACUACAUCAGGUCGUCUCUGCGGAAUGCCUUUAAUAAGGUAGAAAGAUCAAAGCUUAAUUCUCCCUCUAGCCGUUCAUGCAUUGGCAAUAAUCUUCCUCAUCUAGGAUUUUUCUGCGCGCAGAUGUUGGAAGAUAACGGGAACUGGAUCAGCUUGGCGGGGGAAGUGGCAGAGAAAACGAGCCAGUGCCUUGUCGUGCUCGCCGGAGAAACCGAGGAGCUGGCCGUCAGGGAGAAGGAGCACUUCAGCCCCGUCCUGAAGCGGUGGCACCCGGUGCCGGCCGCCGUUGCGGUGGUGACGCUCCACAACUGCUACGGCGUGGUACUGAAGCAGUACAUGGAGGAGGUUUCCACUCUCACCCUUGAGUCGAUCAAGGUCCUGCAGGCCGCCGGUAAGCUGGAGAAGGCGCUGGCCCAGUUGGCCGUCGAGGACUCGGCGGAAUGCGAGGACGGCGGGAAGGGCAUCGUGAGGGAGAUGAUCCCCUACGAGGUGGACGCCAUCAUCUCCUGCCUCGCGAGGAACUGGAUAGAGGAGAGGCUCAACUGCGGCAAGGAGUGCCUAAACAGAGCUAAAGAUACAGAGGUGAGUCCCUCCGGCGGCGCCAGAAUGGUUCAAUCUCUGUAGCCGCUCGUCUCCCCGCUUACAGAAAGAAUUAUUUCCUUUCUCCUGGUAUAGACAUGGAAUCCGAAGACGAAGGGCGAGGCACACGCCCACUCGGGGGUGGAGAUGGUGAAGCUGGCUAGGGACAUGGUGGACGAUUUCUUCGAUACCCCUGUCGGCUUCAGGGAUGAUAUGGUUCAGUACCUAGCAGACGGCUUGGGAAGCCUUUUGGAGGACUACACCGCCUUCGUCGUAUCCUGCGGUAUGGUCGACCCCUUCCCCCUCCUCAUCCUCCAUCUUUCCCCAUCUCUGGUUAAUCUAGACCUAACCCUAAAAAGGACCUGCAGGGACGAGGCAGAGCUACAUCCCCGCCCUCCCCGCACUCACAAGAUGCAAUCAGGACUCCAAGUUUGUGAAGCUAUGGAGGAAGGCGACGCCCUGCAACGCCGGGACAGACGACGCCAACGCGAAGAACGGGUUGGCCGACGGCGACCACCCCCGGCCGUCGACCAGCCGCGGCACCCAACGCCUCUACGUCCGCCUCAACACCCUCCAUUACCUCCUCUGCCAACUCCACUACCUCGACAAGACCCUCUCCCACAUAUCCGCCGGCGUUGGCGGCGCCACCCCUCCCGCUCACCUGCGCCUGAAGACCCGCCGCCGCCGCCCCUCCUCGUCCCUCUUCGACGGCGUCCGCGCGGCGAUCCAGAGCGCCAUGCAGAGAGUGGCGGAGGUCGCCGCCUGCCGGCUUAUCUUCCUCGACUCCAACAGCUGCUUCUACGAGGGGCUCUACGUGGGGGACGUCGCCAAUGCCAGGAUUCGCCCCGCCCUGCGCAACCUGAAGCAGAACCUGGCGCUGAUAUCCUCCGCGGUCACCGACAGGGCGCAGCCGCUGGUGCUAAGGGAGGUGAUGAAGGCGACCUUCGAGGCCUUCCUGAUGGUUCUCCUGGCGGGGGGCGGCGACAGGGCCUUCCUGAGGGAGGACCAGGAGAUGAUCGCGGACGACUUCGGAAGACUGAAGAGGGUGUUCGCGGCGUGCGGGGAGGGGCUGGUGGCGGAGGAGGUGGUACAGAGGGAGGCGGAGGUGGCGGAGGGGGUGGUGGCGCUGAUGGGCCUCCCGACGGACCAGCUGGUGGAGGAUUUCAGCACGGCUGCGUGCGAGUCGAGCGGGACGGGGGGGCUCGGAAGGGCCUCGCAGCGGCUGCCGAUGCCCCCCACGACGGGAAAGUGGAACCGCUCCGAUGCCAACACCAUCCUCAGGGUGCUCUGCCACAGAGACGACGACGCCUCUAACCGGUUCUUGAAGAGGACCUUCCAGAUGGCCAAGAGGAAGUAA